AAGAGUCACCAAGCAGAGACACUCCGUGGUGCCCGGGGGCCGACACAAGGAAGAAUGGAGCAGCGAUGGAAUGGACGCGCGGAGAGGACAGCUUCCAGUUGGACCGCAAAUGGGCAGCAGGGGCCGGUCUUCGUUCAAGAGCCACCGAGCACCCUUGUUUUCUCUAAUACAACUGGUUCUCAGUUGAGUUGUUCGGCUCAUGGCAGUCCGACUCCUGAUGUCAUAUGGAUAACAAGUCCAGAGCAGAGGUCGGUGACCGCCGUUCCAGGACUUCGGCAGCUACUCGGAAACGGAACUCUGUCGUUCCCGCCUUUUUUGCCUCAAGACUUCCGGGCUGAAGUUCACAACGCACGCUACAGAUGCAGGGCGACAAAUUCCAUGGGCAGUGUCCUGUCUCGCGAGGUCAUUCUUCGAGCGGUACUAACAGCUCCUGGCUACGAUGUCAUGGUAACCAGAUCCCCAGUGAUAGUUGGAAACAAUGCAGUGCUUUCUUGUACAGCAAGAGAUGAUCUCAAAGAACACCUCACAGUUGCUUCCUGGUACCGAGACGAAGCAAUUCUUCUGCCAGGAAGUACAGACACCGGUGGGAGGUUCGUGGUAACAUCACAGGGUGAUCUUCAUAUCAGAGCAGCAAGGGAAGAAGAUGGCAGAGCAGUAUAUUCUUGCCUUACUUGGCACGCCUUAACCGGAGAAAGAAGAAAAAGCGAGGCAGCUACGCUGACAGUCACAGAACCAAAGGAUCUCUUACCCCCAAGGCUGAUGCAGCGUUCUCAAAUCGCCAUUUCUGCUGAAAGAGAUUCAGAUGUGCAUCUCACUUGCUCAGCACAAGGCAACCCUCCUCCACAAUUUACUUGGUAUAGAGAUAUAAAUGGAAGUUCGGUGCGAGUAGAAUCUUAUGGAAGAAUACAACUCUGGGGCGAUUUGAUGCAAAUUCGUCGGGUAGAUGCUCAGGAUGCAGGACGGUAUAUUUGCAAUGCGAGCAAUCAGUUAGGUGUACAACGAGCGGAAACACACCUGGCGGUCACAUCAAAGCUUAACGCUCGCAUUCAACCCAACCUCCAGGUAAUUAAUUCGGGUGACAUUGCAAUAAUGAACUGCACGGUGGAAGGUUACCCAGUCGAAAGUGUUGAAUGGCUGCAUGAUGGAAUUCCAGUUUUGACGGCUCACGAGACUAGAAUCAGAUUAGCGGCCCCUUUAGUCCUCGUAAUAGGAUCAGUGGGUCGCAGGGACAAAGGAAUGUAUCAGUGUUUAGUUAGAAGCGAUAAGGAAAAUGCACAAGCAACUGCUGAGUUGAAAUUAGGAGAUACCGUUCCGGAAUUGCAGUAUACGUUUAUAGAACAAGCUUUAAGGCCUGGACCUCCUGUUUCACUUCGAUGUUCAGCAACUGGAUCUCCACCACCUUCCUUUACUUGGCUAUUGGAUGGAGAACCUUUGAGUGAAAUUAUGUCUGGUCACAGAUAUGCUAUUGGUCAAUAUGUGGACCAAUCUGGGGAUGUCAUUAGUCACUUAAAUAUUACAUCAGCAGCUUCUGAAGAUGGAGGACUUUACUCUUGCAUCGCUUCCAAUUCGCUCGCAUCAACAGUCCACAAGGCCAGACUCAAUAUUUAUGGUGCUCCUUAUAUUCGUUCAAUUGGGCCAAUCCGAGCGAUUGCUGGGGUUGAUACGACCAUAGCUUGUCCUUAUUCCGGUUACCCUAUAACAUCAGUAGAAUGGUCGCGAGAUGGGGUAGCCUUGCCCCUUGAUAUGAGGCACAAAGUGGACAAUGGACAUUUAACUAUCACUGAUGUAGACCCGCAUGAUGCUGGAACUUACACUUGCACAGCUCGAGCGAGAAUGGGUCAGACAGCUAGUAGAGACAUCCAACUUUUUGUCAGCAGUCCGCCAGUAAUGAGUGCGAUCUACUUUCCUGUAGACCUUCAAGAAGGUAGUCGAACUCAAGUUUCUUGUAGUGUUACUUCCGGGGAUCUUCCUAUUCAUUUCUCUUGGUUAAAAGACGGAGAACCUCUACCAUCUUCCCUUCGAAUUGAAGAAAGAGAAGAAGACUUCUUCCACUUUCUGAUCUUCAAGAACAUCUCAUCCCGACACAGUGGCAACUACACCUGCAUUGCGAUGAAUAGUGCUGCGAAAGUCAAUCAAACAGCAGAAUUACUUGUUCGGGUUCCUCCCCAAUGGGUCUUCGAGCCUCAAAAUGUAUCAACUCUAUUGGGAAGUCCUCUCAUCCUUCAUUGCAAAGCUGAUGGAUUUCCGCCACCAUCUGUUAAUUGGCUUCGAAGUCGAGGAAGAUCUGCUAACAACUACCAACCUUUGAUGGCCGGUCUUGAUGGAAGACUGACGAUUUUGCCAAAUGACACCUUAUGGACUGCAUCAGCUGAACCUCAAGACGAGGGUCACUAUCUCUGCAGAGCUAAUAACAGCAUCGGAUCAGGAUUAAGCAAAGUUAUAUACGUAUCUGUAAAUGAGCCUGCUCGAUUUGAAUUUCAAAGCAAGAAUGUCACCAUCCGUAGAGGUGAAUCUGUUACUCUUGAUUGCACAGUAAUUGGUGAUGAUCCGAUCGAAGUACAGUGGCUUCAUAAUAAUAACAGAAUGAACACAAAUGGCCAUAGGCUGAGCAUCAGUCAAGUGAAGACCGACAAUGGGCUCAAGUCGCAACUUUCAAUCAGAAAUAGUGAUCGACAAGAUACUGGUGUUUAUAGAUGUACAGCUGACAAUGCUUACGGAAGAAGCGAACAUCUCAUAUACCUUGCAGUUCAAGAAAGGCCUGAUCCACCAACGAAUCUCGAAGUGAUCGAAAUUGGAUCAAGAUCUAUUCGACUCUCCUGGAAGAAGGCCUUUGAUGGAAAUACUCCUAUUCAUAAAUACGUUAUACAAUAUCGUCCCCUUAGUCAUGGAAUUACUGAUGAUUGGGAUCCGUCGAAAGCCCAUAAUGUCUCCUUUACUCCUGGAUUGUCGAGUUUCGAAGAUGAAUCAGAUCCCACUCAAAAUGGUUUGUCUCACUAUGAAGUAUCCAAUGAAGAUCAAGAAGUGGUUCUCGUGAACGGACUCCAUCCAGCUAUUACCUACACUUUUCGCGUUUUCGCUAUAAAUAAUAUCGAAGCCAGUGCCCCAACUGACCCGGUUGUUGCCAAAACCCAAGAAGAAGCUCCUACGGAGCCUCCGCAGGAUAUCAAAGUCAAAUCAGCUGGACCUGGAGAACUGAUAGUCAUCUGGCAGGCGCCUCCUAAAGAAUCCUGCAACGGGGAUUUAUUGGGUUACAUAGUGACCUGGUCUGAACAUUCUUCCUCGACAUCAGGAGUUAACCAAAGCAAAAGUUUAACUGUUAACGGUUGGGCGACAACUAAAGUUCAAUUAACUGGAUUGAGGAACUAUACAAAAUACGAUAUCUCUAUCCGAGCUUUUAAUAGUAUAGCUAGUGGACCUGCAAGUGUUCCUGUCGUUGGAACAACUCAAGAAGGGGUGCCAGGAGCGCCUCCAACUCAAGUUACUUGCAAUCCACUUUCCUCCCAAAGUAUCAAAGUUUCUUGGCAUCCUCCCCCUUCUCAUCAACAUGGGGGAGUAAUUCAAGGAUAUAAGAUUUAUUAUAGACCAGUGCCUACUGAUAAUAUGGAGAUAUCGACAGUCGGAGAAGUUAAAAAGACGACAAGCGAUGAAACGUACCUGCAUACUUUGUACAAAUAUACAAACUAUUCGAUUAGAGUAUUAGCCUACACAGGAGCUGGUGAUGGCGUUCUUAGUUCUCCAAUUUAUUGUGCUACUGAUGAGGAUGUUCCAGGACCACCGGCUGCAAUUAAAGCACUUGCUCUUACGGCAGAUAGUAUUUUGGUAUCAUGGCUGCCACCUUUACAGCCAAAUGGUCGAGUUUCUCGAUACACAGUUUAUAGCAGAGAAGCUGGUUCGCCAAGACAAAAUACCCAUGUGAUGCACGAAGCACCUUUGUCUCCAACUGAUACACUUACGAUGGAGCUGCGAGGUUUGAGCGAAAGACAACUCUACGAAUUUUGGGUAUCAGCGACUACAACUCUUGGCGAGGGCGAACCAACAACUAUCGUCACGCAAACAACGAAUACAAAAGCUCCAGCGAGAGUCGCUUCCUUUUCCCAAGUGUUGAGAAGACCCGUCAAAUCUUCAGUAGUUCUAUCUUGUUUAGUUGUUGGGAACCCAACACCUCGUCCAAAUUGGACCUACAAAAAAAAUCCAGUUUCUUCCGGAAGGCAUCAUGAAAUAACUACGGAUGGACAUCUGAACCUUCACGGCCUUGACCAAUCCGUUGCAGGAAAUUAUACAUGUUCAGUGAGUAAUUUAUUCGGAGAUGAUUCCAUAACUUAUAGCUUGAUUGUUGUUAUGCCACCAAGAGCCCCGAUUCUUGAAUUACAAUACACAACUACCGAUAGUAUCAAACUUUGUUGGAAUCAUCCAGACAAUGGUGGUGCUACAAUUCAAGGAUACGUGUUGAGUUAUAAAAGAGACCAAGGUGGUUGGGAGGAAGUAACCUUGUCUCCUGAACAUACAGAAAUGACACUGAGUGGCUUGAGAUGUGGUUCGUCCUAUCAUGGUCAUUUAACUGCUUAUAAUAGAGUUGGUACCGGAGAUCCAAGUCCAUUGAUUAGUGCCACAACAAAAGGAACAGCACCUCUUCUUCCAAGAGAACGAGAUAUCGUAUCAGCAAAUGCAACAUCUGUACGGCUAAACUUAUCAGCCUGGCCAAAUGGCGAAUGUCUUAUUCACCAUUACACUGUCGAAUAUCGCCGAAGAAUAGGCACAGAACCCUGGAUUCUAGUAGCAAGUAGAGCAACUGAGAACCUUGUGAUAAGAGAUUUGAAGCCAGCUUCUUGGUACAGUUUACGUUUGACUGCACAUAACGAUGCGGGUUCAACCCAAACCCAAGUAGAAUUUGCUACAACUACUCUCAGUGGAAUUAGCAUUGGUCCUCCUAACGAUUUAGUCAUGGAUGACGAUACUGUCAAGGGUAUACCUAGCUACAAAAUUUUCUACAUCGUUGUUCCGCUUGUGUGUGCAAUUGUUUUGAUUAUUUCUGCCGUCAUUUUGGGGUACGUGAUGCUAAAACGGAGUGGGAGAUCUAGCUAUUUGGGAGACAUGCUGCCAGGUCAACAACAGCCACCAGGAUUGGGACUGAAUCAAGGUCAUCAACAGCAUCAUCACUUAUCGAACUGCAUGUCUACUGUUCAACUUAAAUCGACUGCUGAGAGAGAAAAUAGAAGAAAUCAUCAAGUUUAUACAAGUUCUCCAGUCAAGCAAGAUAAUCACAAAGCAAAUGAUCAUGGAUCAGAAAUGUACGAGAUCAGUCCCUACGCGACCUUCAGCGUUCCUGGAAGGGACAACCGAUCAGUCACGACCGCCACCUUGGACUACACAAUGCAGUUCAAGACUUUUGGUCAUCUGGAGAACGAGGACAUCAACGCGAUCGACUACGAACGAUCGAGUGUGGAUUUUGAGAGGUCUAAAACGCCGAGGUGGCACAAGCAAAGGUACUUUCCCAGCAUCGCAGAAGCUGAGAGCAAACUUCGCUCCAGUCGACAGGGAUCGGGAAGCGACACUUCCGGCAGCCCCUGUGGCGAAUGCGCUGGGCCUAGUUACAGGGUUCCUGUGAAGCCUUGCAGAGACAUAUUUUCUCGUGGCGUUGAAUCAAGUACGGAAUCUAACAACGAAGGUUCUCCUUCGCUAGCGAGAAGACGCAAUCAUAGACAGUCAAGCAGGUCCACUCGCAGUUCGGUAGAAGACAUGACGUUGUUACCACCAACUGGUUUCAGCGACAGUCGAGAGUUGAGCGAGGCAGAGUGUGAUCGCGAUCGUGGACGAGGACGUGAUUGGCAAAGUUUAUCUAUCGCUACCCGUCAUGGUGGCAGCCUUGGAAGACUUCCUAUUGAAGCUGUUGAAACCAUGCUUGCAAGGUAUCAACAGCGGAAAGAACAAGAAAGGCAAGAGUUCACAAUACACGUAUGAUUAAGAUACAGAAUAUCAUUCACAAAUCUUCGUGGAAUAAUUUCAAUGACGAGCUUAUAUGAAGCAAUUUAAUUAAUAAGUGGCGUUAGAGAAAGUACUUUUUUAUUGACAUGCUUCUUUAAAGAGUUCAAUUAUUAUCUAAAGUCUGAGAAAUGAAAAAUGAACAAAAAAAUGAAACGAAAAUGGAGACUAUAUUGGAAGAAUUUGAAAAACAUAUUUACAAAAGUAAUUGUUUAUAACUUUCUUUAAAGCUGAUUGAAUGUAUCAAAAAUCAGUUCUUCCAUUCUACUCUCAACAAUUCUUUCAAUCAGUUAAUCUUGUAAAAAUCAUAACGAAACUUUUAUAUAAAAAACACACGACUCUCCACGAUUCGAAAAGUCAAAGUUGCCAAAGAAACUCGCUCCAUAUAAUGUAUACUAAUCCUGCGUUAUCUCAAUUGUAAAUAUCAAUGUUACGUGCGAUGCACAGACUUCGUAUUGGUAUGAAAAAAGUGUUUGGUACACGUUACCUAAAUUUAGUAGCUGUUUCAGUCGACGGUUUAUCUGUUUGUAGAUAGCAGUGGUGGGAAGUAACUAGUUUCUUUUUUUAGCAAGGUUGGUGGUAACAAAGUUACUUUUGCAAAUAAGUAACGAAUUGGUAACUAGUUACAUUUUUAUCAGUAACCCUAACUAUAAAAAUCGUUACUUUUUGAGUUAGUUUUGAAAUAUAUUUUGCAAGUAUUUUUUAAUGACAAUCAAUCAAUUCUUUUUGCAACUAUAUUUUAUUUUCGCAAUUCAAAUUGUGGCAGUUAUUUUUCUGAAGUUUCUUUAGUACAGCCGGAAUAAUAUUGAACACGAAAAGGGUUAGAUUAAACGACGAAGUUAUCGAAAAAUAAUUGCGGUUAAAAAUAAUAACCGGCCAAUAUAAUAAAAUAAAAAUAAAAGAGUGACAUACUUAAACUAAAGAAUUGAUGAAAAGCUGCUUCAAGAAAUCUACAGAAUAAAUUAGGAAAAUAAAACAUGAAUUAACCAAAAUUCGGAUAAAUUUAGAGGAAUUUAAGGGAAAUGAGAAGAAUUCGAUCAAAUUCAAAGUGGUAUAAAAAAAUGUUUCAAAUCCAAAAAAUUUCACUACUUCCGGUAAAAUUAAAGUGAGUUUAGGAGAAUUCAAGGGGGUUUAAAAGAAGUUGAUUGAGUACCUAAGGGAUCGUGCACAUAAUACGUCGCGUGAUUCUUAGCUAUUUUUACCCCCACCUCUCGUCAUGCCACAUAUGGUCACAAAUAUGAGACCACUCCCUCCCCCUUCUAAGUCACGUCACACCUCUUUUUAUAAGACAUUUUUGUUAACGCGUACAAGAUUCAAUAAAAAAAUUAUUAAUUACAAUAGUAGAUAAUCUUUCAAGGACUUUUAUUUAACUUAGAGUAACAUAGGUAAGUUAUGAGCUCUUUUGAAGUAUAUUUAUUGGUUCCGUGUAAUAUUUUGAUGAUUUUAAAUAGUAGGUAAAUUUCAAUAUUUCUCAGUUUUCAUUUGUCUUUCCAUGGGAUUUCAAUAAAAUUGGAGUAAAUUUGGAAGAAUUAAAGAGAAUUCAACCGGAUUCAAUCAAAUUCAUAAAAAAUCAAGAUAAAUUAAAAAUAAUUCAAGGGAAUGAAAAAAAUAUAUAAUCCAAAAAUGUCAUUGAAUGCAAAUAAUCUUCAGGUUUAAUUUAGUAAAUUGAAAAUUCGAACAAGAUGCAUUAAAUUCCGUGAAUUUCUGUAAAAUUUCAAAGGACUUAGAGAAAAUUCAGAAAAACUUCAUUUAAUUGAGAAAUAGUGGUGUUCAUUAUUUCAAUGAACUAAAUAAGAAACUUAAGUGAUAUGUUUAUUUUUUUAAAUGACUGUAGUAACUUCAUCUGAAAAAAUUACGUUUUUGCUAAAGUAACGAAGAAAAAGUUACAUUUUAAAACGAUAACUACUUUUUUCCCGAUGUAGCGGUAACGAUAACUAGUUCCUUUUAAAAAGUAACUUACCCAUCACUGGUAGAUAAGACUGUCUCAGAUGGAAGGAAAAAUAAUGAAAUUCGGUGAAAAUAAUACAAGAAUAACUGUUAACUAUCGUUAAAUUAUAUUUCAAUUGCGGUUUCAAUUAACCGUUAAAAUUCUUGUAAGUGGAAGAGAAAUUUUUAUACAAUUUGAAUAUCGAUUAAAAAUAUAUUUAGUUUUAUUAGUUAGGAGUUCUACUGAUUCUAUUUCUAUUUACGAUUACCUAAUUACUUUUUGUACUCUACUUACGAACGCAGAUUCUAAAAAUCUGAAAUGCGGAAAAGGAAAAGAAGACUAAAGAAUCGUUUGCGAAUUAGUCUUGGUCGCAAUUGAAUCCUCUUUUUCUGUAAAAAAAGUUCCAUUCAGAAUGUUCGAUAAGUUUAAAUUAUUUUUUUGCACUGCCAAAUGAGAGACAAAACUUUCUAAUCUAACAUGUUUUAAUACAUGAUCCAAAGACUGAAGAAUACCUAUUUGAUAAGAAAAAUAAAUACUCGGAGAGAAAAUCUUUUAAUCGAACGAUUUUUUGACCAAGAAAAUUCGCAAAUUUUCUUUUUCGUCUGGAGAAAAGUUGCACAUGCCUACUGCCAAUUUCCUCUAGUCACACCGCUGCCAAACUUUCAAUAAUAAUGAGGUGCAAAAUGUUUCGUCAAACGACCCCUCAUGAUCGUUAUAUUCAACAAAUUUAAUAUAAAUAUAUCGUUUUGAUAACCUAAGAGACAAACAAUGCACUUGCGAUUUCUCAUUUCUUAUGUCUUUACAAAAAACUGUAUCUCGUCGAAUUUAGACUAUAGAAAUUCGAUAUUUUCUUUGAUACAGGAGAAA